GAUUUCGUCCGUAAUAUAAAGUUUGAUUGUCAAAUUGUAGGACACAGAUAGAGAAGACCGCGCGGUUUGGAAGUAUUUCGUGCUUGUGCAUGUGUGAGUGUGCGUCUGUGUGCGGCAGUGCGGCAGCAAGUAGCUGUCAAAUAACUAGUGGAUGAAAAACGAGUUCACUUUUUCCUACAAAAAUGAUUUCUAUUACGUUAAUAGUUUAGUUAAGAGUUAUGUACGCCUUUAAAUACCCUAUAAGAAUAUAUUAACUUGUUAUUUAACAAGCAGUACUUACGUUCACUACAAAAAAAAUGGUUCAGUUGCAUCCACCGUUGCAACUCGAGGAAAUACCAAAAGAAGACGAAGAAAGGCUAGAAAAAUUGUUUUCUAAAUUAGACACCGAUGGAAAUGGAAAGAUCGACAUCCACGACCUGUCUGUCGCCCUCAAGGAGUUGGCUCCGCACAUCAACCGCAGUUAUGCAGAGAAAUUCUUGGCAAAGCCUGGCUGGAAAGAUGGCGGUGACGUCACCAUGUCAGAAUUCAUGCACUACGUGCGCGAACACGAGAAGAACCUUAGGCUCCAAUUCUCUCACCUUGAUAAGAAUCAAGAUGGGAAAGUGGAUCUGGAGGAGCUUAUAUCAGCGUUCGCAGACAUGGGCAUUGCGGUUGGGCGAAACGAAGCAACUAAUUUAUUGAAAAGGAUGGACCAGGAUGGCAGUCUCACUAUCAGCUACGACGAAUGGCGGGACUACAUGCUUCUGGCACCGGCCACCGACAUACACUCGCUCAUACACUUCUGGAGACACUCUACCUGA